AUGGCAGUGACAAUGGCCGGAUUUCGCCGCGUUUCGGGGUCGAGUCCGGUGCCAGAUUACCUUUGGGGCAGCAAAAUGCCGUCUGGAAACUUGCUGGCCUCGUCUGGAAGCUUUUCUGGCAAGCGAUUGUCUCCGAAUCGUUCCAGUGCUCUUCUUGGAUGCGUACCGGGACCCCUAGGGUUCCUCGAAGAGUCGGAGACAUCUGGUCUCGGAGACGUCUGGGAUGGGGAAAAGCCCGUCGAUAUCGACGUCUAUUCUCUUCACCCCGAGCCGAGGUUCGAGACUGAUCGAUACCGAGUUCAGGAGCCCCCUGCGGCACGCCGCUUCCGAGAAAGUUCCGCGAGUCUUCUUUUGCUUGAAGCGCAAUUCAUGUCGGAAUAUUUGACACUGAAAGACGCCCCGAACUGGGGCUGGUGGUGGCGUGGGAUGAUGGACAACGCGUCCAGGUCGUGCUCGACCUGGGUGGCCGUUGGUGAUGCCCCAGCGGGGUUCGGUGGGCCACAGGGCAUCGACACUAGUUCCCAGCUGCCAAGUCCACAAACGACGCCGUCGACAGCGUCGUUCCUGGCGCCGGCUGACCUCGUGAAAUCCGUCAACAAGAAACUUCGCGGGGACUACAUUAGGCGGCGGAUGGCGCAAAAUUACAAGCUCAUGACGGCCUUGGGUCUGAACAAAGCAGAUCUCCAGCAGUCUCACCAGCAAAUAUUCAAGAUCCUCAAGAAGACAGCGUCAUCAAAUCAAACGCCCGUUUUGCCAGCGACAGUGGGGUUGACGUCGCAAGGAGCAUCGACUCCUGUAAACGUGCCGGCGUUUGCUGUCAAUCUCAAUUCCCCGGCCCAACUGCUGUCGGGACAACAAGUGCAGUCGACACCGUCGGCCCCGUCACCGACACCCAGGGCAAACUCGUCGGCCCCUGUCGGCAGUCGUCGCAGCCCUGCGGCGAAUAGUCUGAGUGCCAGAGACAUUGAACGGGAUCACGGGAAACCCCUGUCGAAGUAUGACCGGAACAUGAUGAUCUUCACUUGGCUGCAAACCCUGCAAGAAACCCCGGUCACCUCUGCUUCUAUGGCUUCUGUAACUGGACUUGAUAACCAGUCUUGAGGAAAAAAAAUAAGUUUAAUAUUGCAUCGAACAUACUGAGGAAAAUUGCUCAGAGGUCUUGCUGAUUUCGGUUUAUGUAGUCCCAUUUUCUUAUCAAACGACGUCGUUAUAUCGAAUUGUUUCCAACACUCAGAGGGACAGAAUAAAUUGAAGUCCGGAAACAUUAAGACUAGACUUUUAUCACAAAUGCACUUCCAACAAGGAAACAAAUAUUUACCCCUUAAGAAAUCUCAAGAUUUAUGUUUAUUUUUCCUUUCAUGUGUUGGAGGUUCUUAUAGGAUGCAGGUACCUUUUUCUGAAUGAAUCUCUUGGAAUGUGUUCGGCCUUUCCCAAUCCCUUUCUUACAUGGAAUAACAUAGAAAGGUUAUUUACCCCCUCUUUAAAUCAAUAAUUAUUAAAUUAUACUUCUACCGUUUCUAAGAACUCCUUUUCACUUAUUUCAUACCCUUAAAAAUAUAUGUGUGAGCAAGUACCUUCUUCGAAGCCAAAGUAAAUUUCUUUUUUGUUGAAAAGUUUGGAUGUUUCACAAAAUCUGUCUAAAUCGAUUCUUUUGUAUUCGACAUCGAAUGACAACAUUUUACUGUUUUUGAUUUUCUGAAACGAAAAUUUUUUAGCAGGAUUCGGUUUGAUGUCCAUAAUUGACGUCGACAUAGCUUUUAUUUCCGAGCAAGACGACUUCCGGGGAAAGAACGGGGAAAUUCCAACGAACGCCGAAAAACGUUGUGCUUUCGUGCUUCGAACCAUCGUGGAACAAAAAAACUAUAUUAUUUACUACUUGAAAAUGAAGUUACUGUCUCGAGGUGCUUCUUCGUGGAGAGACAAAAUGUCAUUCAAACCGCGUGAUUUUGCUGGUUAUAUUCUCUUGCGUUGCGAACGA